CAUCUUCUGCCGGGGAUGAGAUGGACACGAAGGAAGCGAUGUAGGUGCGCGCGCGCACAUGUGUGUGUCUGCAUACAUCCAUCCUUCCAUCCAUACCCAUGAUUGCGAUGGAACCUAUAUAAUGGCCGUCUUGCGCAUCCUGUUCCCCUCCUUCCACUCCGUCUGCCUCCCUUCCUCUUUGCGCUCACAGACAUCUAUUGGCAUCCCAUUGAUCCCUUCGGAACAUCAAUUGGGCUUCUUGCUUCGUUUCCGCUCACCUAGACACCGCUCAAUUGUCGCCGCGCGCGUGACAAUCUUGAGAGAUAGCCUACAUCAUGGCGGACGAAAAGAACCACACCGCGGCCGAUAUCUCGCCGACCGUUUCCGCUGAACAUGCGGAGCACCACCCCGAGAAGACGACCCUGGCUGCCAGGGUCAGCAAUCCUCUCGAGGGUAUUCCCCGCGACCAGCUCCUCGCCGAAGUCGAGGCUUUCGCCCGCGACAAGGGCAUCGAGGACAAGACCACCAUCUUGCAAAAGGGAGCCCUCGUCGCUCAGGACCCUGCGGGCUUUGAAUCCCUCGAGCAGCUCGAUGAGCACGAAAAGAACCUCCUCCGGCGGGAGGUCACUCACCGAUGGAGUCACCCGAUGGCGUUAUACUGGACAAUCAUCAUCUGUUCGAUCGGUGCGGCGGUGCAGGGUUGGGAUCAGACUGGAUCGAACGGUGCCAACCUGAGCUUCCCUACUGAAUUCGGCAUUGGCGAGGGUGAGAACUACGACUCUCCCAACCAGGUGCGCGACAGUUGGCUGGUCGGUGUCGUGAAUGCUGGUCCAUAUCUGGGUAGUGCUUUCCUUGGAUGCUGGCUUGCCGAUCCUUGCAACUACUACCUCGGUCGCCGUGGUACCAUCUUCCUCUCCGCCAUCAUCUGUAUCCUCACACCCAUCGGUGGCGCUGUCUCGCAGACCUGGGUUCAGCUUUUCAUCACUCGUCUUCUCAUGGGUAUCGGUAUGGGUCUCAAGGGCUCUUCCGUCCCGAUCUUCGCCGCUGAGAACUCGCCUGCACGAAUCCGAGGUGCUUUGGUCAUGACCUGGCAGAUGUGGACCGCUUUCGGCAUUUUCCUCGGCUUCUGCGCCAACCUCGCCGUCUACCAAGUGGGCGCCAUCGCCUGGCGUCUGCAAAUCGGGUCCGCCUUCAUUCCUGCCGUGCCGCUCGCCAUCGGAAUCUACUUCUGCCCGGAGAGCCCUCGCUGGUACAUGAAGAAGGGUCUCUACCGAAAGGCCUUCCAAUCGCUCCUCCGUCUGCGAUUCAGCGAGCUUCAAGCCGCCCGUGACCUCUACUACAUCCACAAGCAACUCGAGAUUGAAAAGGCCAUCGUCGGCAAGAGCAACUAUGUUACCCGCUUCACACAGCUUUUCACCAUUCCGCGUGUUCGCCGCGCCACCCUGGCCAGCUUCACCGUCAUGAUCGCGCAGCAAAUGUGCGGCAUCAACAUCAUCGCCUUCUACUCGUCCACCGUCUUCGUCAAGGCGGGAGCCUCCGCCCGCAACGCGCUGAUCGCCUCCUUCGGCUUCGGUCUCGUCAACUUCGUCUUCGCCUGGCCCGCCAUCUACACCAUCGACACCUUCGGCCGUCGCUCCCUCCUCCUCUUCACCUUCCCCCAGAUGGCCUGGACCCUCCUCGCCGCCGGUCUCUGCUUCCUGAUCCCCAACCCGACCACCCAACUCGGCCUCGUCGCGCUCUUCAUCUACCUCUUCGCCGCCUUCUACUCCCCCGGCGAAGGACCCGUCCCGUUCACCUACUCGGCCGAAGUCUUCCCGCUGUCCCACCGCGAGGUGGGGAUGGGCUGGGCGGUCGCGACCUGCCUCUUCUGGGCCUCCGUCCUGUCCAUCUCCUUCCCGGCCAUCCUCGCGAAAUUCACCGCGACCGGCGCCUUCGGCUUCUACGCCGGCCUCAACGUCAUCGCCUUCUUCAUGAUCUUCCUGUUCGUGCCCGAGACCAAGCAGCGCACCCUCGAGGAGCUCGACUACAUCUUCGACGUCAAGACGAGCACCUUCAUGAAAUACCAGACCACCCAGGCCGCGCCCUACUGGUUCAAGAGGUGGGUCCUGCAGAACAAGAGCGCCACCCUCGAGCCGCUGUACGCGCGCAGCGAGGCGGUCGAGAAGGCGGAUACCCUCGCGCGGACGGGCAGCGUCAGCAACCCUGUCUGAUGGGGACAUCAUGAUUAUGUGAGAGUUGGGAUUUUCUACGCGGGAUAUGAGGGAUAAAAACACGUUUGGAAAGGACUUUUUAUGAGGAAAUGAUAGUGAGAGAUAUACAGUACGAAAGAAGAUCAAGAGAAUUUGUCCCCUCGCUCAUUUGAGAUUGAUUUCCUCCUGUUU